AUGACUAUUAUCAAGUCAGGGAGAUUGUUUCAUCAGUAUAUUGUAGACGUUUACACCGCAACUGAGCAGGAGAGGUUGAGGUUCAUCAGACUUAACCAGAAACAGCUAAGGGCUGAGUUAUAUACAAACGUUUGUGAUGCAUUGGAGAGUGGAGACACAGACGCUAGAAAACUUGGCAGAAAAGUCAUCUUGCCUCCUUCUUUCACCGGAAGCCCUCGAUAUAUGUCUGAGAAAUAUCAGGAUGCCAUGGCCAUUUGUCGCUGGUAUGGUAAUCCUAAUGCGUUCAUCACAUUCACGGCAAACCCAAAUUGGGUUGAAGUGAAAAACCACUUGGAAGUCUACGGAGGUGAUUCACCAAACAACAGACCAGACCUUGAAUCUAGAGUUUUUAAACUCAAGUUGGAGGAGAUGAUGUCAGACUUCAAGAAAGGCGUCUUCUUCCCCAAACUAGCCGCAGUCGUCUACACGGUUGAGUUUCAGAAACGUGGCCUCCCCCACGCACAUAUUCUUCUCUGGUUUGAAGGUUUGAAAGGAGAAGCAACAGCUGAGAUCAUUGACAGGAGAAUGCACAAAAAAUACCCCAAACCAUACUCCAACAACACAACCAUUGACAAGUCUAGUUUUGUUGUUUACAAACGUCAGGUCGAUACAAGGGCAUCAGUUUUAAAAGGCGAUAUUGAAUUAAAUAACCGUUACGUCGUCCCUCAUAACCUUUCUCUCCUUAAGAAAUACAAAUCACACAUCAAUGUUGAGUGGUGCUGCAAAACAAGUGCAAUCAAAUAUCUGUUCAAGUACAUAACUAAAGGGGUGGAUCGAGCACUGGCUCGGCUUGAGCAGACUGGUUGUGAAGACAAAGCAACGCUUGAUAGGAAAAGAGAGCAUCUUGAACUGGACGAGAUAGAUAGAUUUUUGGGAUGUCAUUACAUUUCAGCUUGUGAAGCAUCUUGGAGGCUCUUUUCUUUCCACAUUCAUCACAACCAGCCUUCCGUGAUGAAGUUGAAAAUCCAUCUCCCAGGCAAGCAGAGACUGCUAUACGACCAGAAUAAGAGCUUAGAGGAAGUCCUUUCAAAGGAGGAUAUCGAGAAGACAAUGCUGACUGCGUAUUUUGUGGCUAACGAAAAAUACGAAGAAGCCAGAGAGCUAUGUUCAGUUCCCAUCUCGCAUGGAGCAUCUAUAGGCAGGCUUCCGUACAUACAUCCUACUGCAGGAGAUGACUAUUAUCUGAGAAUCCUUCUCAACGUCGUUAAAGGCUCCACGAGCUUUGAGCAUCUCUGUACCGUGGGCGGUACAACGUUUAAAGAGUUCUGCGAUGCUUGCUAUGCACGUGGCUUACUAGACGACGAUAAAGAAUGGCAUGAUGCAAUUGUUGAGCCUUCCUACUGGGCUACUGGACGUCAACUUAGGAGGUUAUUUGUCCUCAUAUUGAUCUACUGUGAAGUUGCAAACCCCCUGAAGCUUUGGGAUCAUACCUGGCAGAUAUUGGCAGAAGAUAUAUUGUACAUGAAGCAGCGAGAAUUUAACUUCCCUGGCUUGAUUCUUCCGGAUCUACAGCUGCAACAAUAUACUUUGAUAGAAAUCGAGCGACUCCUCAAAAAAAAUGACAAAUCCUUAAAUGAUUUCAAAGGGAUGCCAAAGCCAAACGAGAGUGUGCUUAGAGAAAUCUCAAACACUGUCUUGCGUCAGGAACUGAAUUAUGAUACGGCGAAAGAAGCAAGCGAGCACGAGAAACUGUUUGCCACUAUGAAUGAGGAUCAACAAAAAGUUUACAAUGCCGUAGUUUACUCGGUUGACAAUCAAUCCGGGCAACUGUUCUUUGUCUACGGUGCAGGAGGGACUGGGAAAACGUUCUUAUACAGAACAAUUAUAGCAAAGCUGAGAUCAGUCGGGAAAGUCGUCAUCCCAGUCGCUUCAGCAGUAAUUGCAGCUCUGCUGCUACCUAGGAGGGAGGACAGCUCACUCCCGCUUCAAACUUCCCGUCAAUUUAUCUGA